CAGGUAUCAUAAUUUCGGGCUAUCGGCGACGACUUUACUAUCCUUGACACUUCACGAAGCAUAUCAUAGCGUCCAUUCCUUUUACCUUUGCAUAGCCGCGGCGUUUUUUGGGUUUUGGCCUUUUUAGGUCCCGAUGCACUGUACACGGGUUGGAAGUGUGCAUAGACUGGAGAGUUGAGUGUGUUUGAUAGCGUUGGGAAUUAUCCAUAAUCAUCCAACUUUUUACGCUCCUUAGUCUUCUUUCUCGCAGUGCAAUGGCCGUUUGUGAAGUUUUACUCCCGGCUUCUUCGCCUCGGAGAGCCCCGGAUGGGAAGGUAUUCGGGAGAAGGGAAACGUUGCGGUGGGGAGUAGCAUCUCCGCUGACGAACCAGAGUCAUCAAUACACACGCACGCACACCCAAUACUCCCCCUUCUAUUUCCAUAUUCAGCCCUCGCCACCCUUUCGGCAUCUCGUGAUCGUGAUCGUGAACACCGCUCGUGUCAGCACCGACCUCACAGCCACACCAUAUGCGCAAUCACAAGCGCCAUCGAAAUUUCAAGCCCACGCGCAACGCUUUGAGCAUCGUUUUCACAACGGGAAUCUUGAGUACCCCGGCCGCUUCCGCUUCACAGCCACGCUGCGCGAGCGCGCUCCUGCCGAUCACUCCUUCCCUCGGUAUGCGAAGUGGGAAGCUUGUUGCGACGGCGAGGGUUGCUUUGCUUGCUGCGAGUUGGAGGCGGGGUGUCUGAAUUAAUACUACCCUCGUAGGCAGGAGUUGCUCAGCCGGAUGAGCUGGCGAGUUGGGAUGCAGAGUUUCCGCGCAUAAGAGCUUAUGAGAAUAUGUAGUAGUGGAGCAUAGAUUUGUUGCUCGCAUCGCCGGAUAGUGAUGGAGCGGAUUAUUAGGAAGUAAUG